AUGCCGCGGGAGAUCAUCACGCUGCAGGCAGGCCAAUGCGGCAAUCAGGUCGGCUCCGAGUUCUGGCGGUUGCUCUGCGCCGAGCACGGCAUCCGUCACGACGGCAUCGUGGAGCCGUUUGCGAGUGGCGGUGAUGACCGAAAGGACGUAUUCUUCUACCAGGCGGACGACGAUCACUACAUCCCCCGCGCGCUGCUCAUCGACUUGGAGCCGCGUGUGAUUAACGCCAUCCAGCGUGGGAGCAUGCAGCGCCUCUUCAACCCGGAGAAUGUGUACGUCCACGCGGAGGGGGGCGGUGCGGGGAACAACUGGGCGCACGGGUAUGAGCUUGGCGACACCGUGCAGGAGACACUCUUUGACAUGAUUGAGCGUGAGGCGGAAAAUAGCGAUAGCCUUGAGGGGUUUGUGCUGACGCACAGCAUCGCCGGUGGCACAGGCAGCGGUACGGGGAGUUAUCUCCUCGAGCACCUCAACGAUCGGUUCCCCAAAAAACUGAUUCAGACCUAUAGCGUUUUCCCAAAUCAAUCUCGUGGGGGUGACAGCGAUGUCAUUGUGCAGCCAUACAACAGCCUUCUAGCUAUCAAGCGUCUAACGCUGCAUGCCGACUGCGUCGUUGUGCUGGACAACACUGCCCUGAACCGCAUCGCGACAGACAACUUGCACAUCUCCUCCCCCACUGUGGAGCAAAUGAAUGGGUUAGUGAGCACCGUCAUGGCGGCCUCAACAGCGACGCUGCGCUAUCCUGGAUACAUGAACAAUGACCUCAUGAGUAUGCUGGCGUCACUGAUUCCCACACCGCGUUGCCAUUUUAUUUGUACCGGCUACACGCCCACGACACUAGAUACAUCUAACAUUCAGUCAUCUGUACAGAAAACAUCUGUGCAUGAUGUGAUGCGGCGGCUUUUGAUGCCAAAGAACAUGAUGGUGUCGACGUCCAUGAAGAGCGGGUGCUACAUCUCUUUGUUGAACCUCAUUCAGGGCGAUGUCGACCCGGCGCAGGUGCACCGCUCACUGGAGCGCAUUCGUGAGCGCUCGCCCAACUUUAUUCCAUGGGGUCCCGCGUCGAUACAGGUGAUCCUGUCCAAGAAAUCACCCUACGUGGACACGCGACACCGUGUGAGUGGGCUCGUGAUGGCGAACCACACAAGUAUCAACUCCCUCUUCCAGCGAACGCUUAAGCAGUUUGAUUUGCUGUUUAACCGCGGCGUCUUCCUGGAGCAGUACAAGCGAUAUGGUCCAAUGAAGGAGAACCUCGAGGAGUUUAAGCAUUCUAGGGAGGUUGUAGAGAGCUUGGUGAGCGAGUACAAGGCCUGUGAGAGCUCCGACUACAUCCGCAACUUUUAA